AUGUGGAGACCUGAGGCAUCAACGUCCACGCCCGCCGCAUUACGUAAGACCAACGCCCAAAGCGUCGUGAAGCCCGGGGGAAAAAAAAGCAAGACUGGUCAACCUCCCAACGAUGAAUCAGCAAGCCUUCCUGCUCGCGGUGUUCGCAGAGCGGCCUCCUCUGUCAAUACCUGCCUUCGCGACGCGGCGGACGCAGAAAGCCGCAUCACGACUCAAUGUCGCAAUAUCAAACUCCAACUCGUAGAAAUGGACUCAGCGUCAUCCCCAACUUCAACUCUCCAAGCCAGCAGUUCAGCUCCGACUAAUGCGCACGACAAUGUAUCGUCGCAGGGACGAUCGCAUCCUGAUUUUGGAAGCAUCUCAUGGCCUGCGUCUCUUCCACAAAAUGGCACCGGCCAGAAUGGUCUCGGUCAUCAAUGUCGAGCCGGGGAUUUCGAUGAUCGUUUCCUCCGGUUGUUCUACGAGAACUUCCACGUUGCGCACCCAAUCCUGGUCCCGUUCUCUUUGUACAAAGACCGAAAUUAUCCCAAUUUUCUUCAGCUAGUCGUGAACUUCGUGGGUUCACACUACGCACCAUCUAGCUCCAGCUUGCAUCUGAAGGAAGGAGUUGAGGCCGAACUGACAUCCAAUCCAGACCGUUCUCCAUGCAUGGUCCAAGCCUGGUUGAUUUACUCCAUCGCUCUCUAUGCGCGCGGAGAGCAGGAAAAGGCCCAAGAAGCAUUCUCACAUAGCACCGAAAUUGCGUUCGAGCUAGGGAUGAAUCGAUGGGAGUUUGCGUCAACCUCACAGUCUGAGGGAUCGACCGAGGCGGAGAGCAUCAGACGAACGUGGUGGGAAUUGUAUAUCACGGACAUCUUCAUGGCAGUCCAGCUCAAGAACAUCACGUUUCGCUGUAGUGGCGUCACCCCGGAGGUCGGACUGCCCUGCGAAGACGCAGUGUACGCUGCAGGAUGCGAUGUCCCGGGGCCGCGUAGGAUGCUGGAUUUCAAGCGGAGGGUGUUUGCGGAGGAAGAGACAGUUUUCUCAUCAUUUAGCUAUCGCAUUGAGGCGGCCACGAUUCUCUGCAGAGUUCUUGUGUUGAACCGAUUACGCGACUACCAUCGCGAUCACCUACAAGCCAUCGAGAAUGCGCUCGUGAGCUGGGUCAACCAUCUACCCCCGAAGAAACUGGAUAUCGUGGACUCGUAUGGGAACGUCGACGAGAUGAUGUUUCAAGCACACUUGACCAUUUCCUAUGCCGCCAUGUUGCUCCAUCUGCCAAGAAGUGACCUGCAGCCCCUUCUAACCCAGCCAGACGACUUCUUCUGGCCUUCCGCGACCUGUCAUCUCUCAUCAACCUUCACUCGCCUCGUCCACAGCAUCAAAGCCACUGAAGCAUCACGGCGAAUAUCGGACUCGAUAUCAGUGUGUCCGAACAUCCAGAAACAUUCCCCGUUCGUGAUCUCCGCCUUAGCCCUUUGCGGAAUGAUCCAACUCGCUACAUCGAUCAGCCACUCGGAAGAAUGUUUCGAUCAUCAUUGUAACCGCGUCACGCUGAUCCUGGGGUGUUUGAAAAGCACGAAACGAACCUGGAACUCUGCGGAAUCCGCAUAUCAUUGCUUGCGAUCUUCUGCGGCUGAUAUUCUUUCCGAUUCAAUUGAACGGUGGAAUGCAGGACCGUUGGAAAAGAUCGUUCCGUCUCAAACCACCCCGAAUGACUUAGAAAGGACAACCCAAGGGGCACCCGCGGUGACAACAAUUGCCGAGGGACAGAGCCUUCUGGCGCCAGAGCUUGCACCGGCAUUUAUUGAUCCGACGUGCUACAAUGCCUCGUUCUUUAAUUGUCUGGCAGAAUUCGAUAUCAAUUGA